UGUGUCAGCACAUCCAUAUUCAGAGGGGCCUAACCGCCGCAGCAGCAGUCCCAUCAGAUCAAGUCAAGUUGUCUGAGCGUCAGACCGAGGCGAGCCGACGGAGCCGACGGCCGCAUGGCCGCAUGCGGCAUUGCGUCCCCCAUCCCCCGCAAUGCACUACCUCUGCCAUCCACCGUUCGAUGAGGAAAAAAUUGGGUUGCAAAUUAUGUGUACGUCUUGGAUGCAGACGGGUCCGUGCCGUCAAGAAAAAGUCAUGAAGUCGUCUCAUGGGAUUUGAAAUUUUGUGAAGCUGGCAAGCUGGUUGAACUGCGAUCUUUUGUGCUCCCGUGUCAUCGUGACCACUUCUUUUUGAACCAAGUGAGGAAUCGUGUAAAAUGGCUGUUGUGUGUCGUAAUCUGAGAGCUUUCGCUCAAAAAACCUCCAGCUUGAGAUGCACACCAAAUUUUCUUCGAUUGUACUCUCAAUCCAAACCUGCUCCUCCGAAACUGGUCACUGUAGAUGUUGAUAAAGCUGGAGUCGCAACUGUUACAUUGGAUCGGCCACCUGUGAACAGCCUAAAUACUGGUCUUCUGGAAGAGUUGGGAGUAGCAAUCAAAGAUUUAGAAGCUAACAAAACUCGGGGGAUUAUUCUUACUUCGUCCUCAAACUCAGUGUUCAGUGCAGGUCUUGAUAUAUUAGAAAUGUACGAACCCAAAAAGCAAAAUCUUUCAUUGUUUUGGACAACUCUUCAAAACACAUGGUUAUCACUGUACCGAACCUCCAUCCCCACAGUUGCAGCAAUUAAUGGUCAUGCCCCCGCUGGAGGGUGUCUGUUGGCACUCUCUUGUGAGUACAGAGUAAUGGUUGGUCCCAAAUUUACAAUUGGACUAAAUGAAACUCAGCUUGGAAUUGUUGCACCUCAAUGGUUUAUGAUCUGCAUGAAAGAUGCUGUUGGACGUAGACAGGCUGAGAUGGCUUUGACUGCUGGCAAAAUGUUCUCCACUCAAGAGGCUUUGAACAUUGGUCUUAUUGACAAAAUGGUUUCCAAUAAAGAAGAAGCUAUCGCAGAGGCGCAGAAGUUUAUUGCUCAAUUUGCCAAGAUCCCUCCUUUGGCAAGGAGGAUGACAAAGGAGAGCAUCCGUCAAGAGGGAAUCAAAUACAUGGAGGAGAAUGCCAUUGAUGAUUUGAAGGCAUUUAUGGAUUUGGUUGUUCAGCCCAACAUUCAGAAGGGUCUUGGCAUGUACCUUGAGGCCAUGAAAAAGUCAAAAUAGGAGGACUGAAUAAUUGUGAUUUUAUGAGGCUGUAAUUUUAAUGAAAUGGAUUUAUUUUACUAUACUUAUUGUGUACAAUACAAAUCUUAUUGAUAAAUACUCUACAUUUUGUUACUUAACAAUAAAUAUUUUAAAACCCUA